AACAAAUUGCAAAGGGUUAUGGCAGAAAGCUAGAAACUGCUAAAAGGCUAAAACUUAAAGAGAAAGAUGAAGAGAAAAAGCAACAUUUUAAACCAAAAGAAAAAAACACAUUAUCAAAAGCUAAAGCAUCUUCUUCAAGAACAAUCUUAUAUAUCUAAUAAGAAACAAGUGUACAAGUGAGAAUCAAGUUGAAAACACACAAGAAAGAGAUGAUCAGAGGGGGUGGAGGAAAGUCUUCAGGUUACUCUGCAGAUCUCAUGGUUUGUUUCCCAUCAAGAACACACUUGUCUCUACCUUCUAAAUCCAUUUGCAGCCCUUCUCACAACCUAAACCGCCGUCAAAACCCUCCUCCUCCUCCUCAUCACCACCGCCGCAGCUUCAGUAAGCUCUCGGGAAGCGGCGGCGUCCGUCAGAGCCGCGUAAGGGAGAUAGCUGAAGAGCCAACGUCGCCGAAAGUCACGUGCGCCGGUCAGAUCAAAGUGCGGCCGAGAAAACGCGGAGAAGGAGGAGGCAAGAACUGGCAGUCGUUGAUGGCGGAGAUAGAGAAGAUACAUAGAAGCAAGUCACAGAGUAAGUUCUUGGGGAUCAAGAAAGAUGUCAUGGGGUUCUUGACUUGUCUCCGUGACUUUGAUUUCCGGUGUUUCGGUGCGUUUCCUCCGGUAGAUGCAAUCUCCGACCAAGAAGAGUUGGAGGAGGAGGAGGAGGAAGAAGACGAUGAAGAUGAAGGUUCAGUGAUAAGGACGUAUUCAGGGACAGUUUUCUCAAACUGGUUGACGUUUCUACACGAAAAGCAAAACGUUGAAGAGUGUGUGGACAAAAAUGAGAAAGCGUUUUCAGACAAUGUUGAAACAGCGGUUCCACCGCAAAACGCGUUGUUGCUGAUGCGGUGUAGGUCUGCGCCGGUUAAGAACUGGUUAGAGGCAGAAGAGGAGAAGAAAAUAGAGACAGAGGAUUGUGAUAAGACUAGAAAACGGAGUGGAGAAGAGGAGAAGGAGACAGUGAGCAAGAAGAAAGAUCUGAGAUCAUUGAUGGAGGAAGAGGAGGAGAACAAUGUGAAUAUGGUGGUGAGGGAUUACGAUACAAACUAUUACAAACUCUCUUCAGACAUAGCCAAGGAAACUUGGGUUGUUGGUGGAAGUCAAGAUUCUCUGUUUCGAAGUAGAAGCUGGAAUCUAUGAUCUUUGUUCUUGAUCAUUGUUAAUCCCUGUUCUUUUCUCUUUUUACUUUCUUGUGGGUUAACUUAUAAGUAAAUGCUUUUGAUUUAAUAAUAACAUCUCUGUGAAUAAAUUUGAGACUGCCUAUAUCAAAUGUUUUUAAUAAGAACCCGAAACAU